GUGACACUUCCGGCAAGCCGCAGGCCGCACCCUGAGCUGACAGUUCUUUUUCUUCGAGCGUGUGGCCUGCGCUGCAGACGGUACAGAUAGUCGCUUGAAAAGGUCGGCCAACCGUCACUCCGGUGGCGAUGGAGCCACCUGUGUGUUGCACAGCCCGACUGGCUCACCCGGUGUGUGGCUCGUCCGGUGUGUGGCUCCGAAGGCCCGACUCUUCCGGUCGCGAAGCUUCCCUGGGACCGGCUCCGCUUCGGAUCUGUGGUCCCAAUGACCCUGGCCUUUCGCUGCGUCCAGGGAUCUGUGGCCUACCGCACGUCCAAAGCCAUGGCAGAGAGAAGCGAGGCCAUCUGCUCCAAGGGCGACACCUUCUUCGGCAAGCGCCUCACGGCACAGGAUGGAUCCGUGUGGUUGUCCAACGAGUCCAACCAACUCUUCCUGCCGAUGGUGCAUCCCGAGAAGAAGAAGGAGAUGUUUGAGGAGGUGUACUGGGAGUGCACCUUCCAAGGCACCGUCCAGGCCAGGAGCAGCCCAGAAGUCUCCGACACCUCUGAGACAUGGGUGAAGACGGGCCAGAGCAUCUCGGCCUUGCCAGUGGCGGAGCACCCUGGGUGGUUGAUCGAGGCCGACAGCAAGCUGUUCUAUCCCAUGAAUCAUCCGAAAAGUGGAGACGUCCUCUUCAAAAGCAAGACUUCUCCGAAUUCCUCAGACUUGGAGGAGGGCCAAGGCGUUCUGAAGGAUCCCACUGAUGACCCCUCGUGUGAACAGGUGGCCGCAGCCAUCAGUCUGUGCAUCCCCUUGGUGGGAUGCGUCACGUUUUGUGUCUCUGCGGCCAACAACAAGGAAGGCUCCAACAAGCGCAAGUGGGGCAACAUCGCCUGCGGAGUGGCGACGGCUUCGGCGAUUCUGGGUGUCAUGCUCAGAUUCACCGUCUUCUCCACCAGCAGUUACUAUCAGUACUAGCCACAUCAAUGUGCUACACCAGCAGAGUGCGGGUCAUGGAAGCACCCUGUAGCUGCGCGCACACAGCGUCUGCGGCUGCUGAGGUGGGCGUCCAUGUUCUGUGCUUGGUGUGUAGUUUUUGAACUUUGAACAUGUGGGCCAAUUUUCCCUAUUGCAUGGGUAUAGCGGGCUUCUUUGCACUCUUGUUGCAGGUUAGAGUGUGGCACGUGCCCAAACAUUGCAGAGAGCUCAACAGUAGCACUCUGAGAUGCUCAAGAGUAGCACUCUGAUCGUAGCAUAUCUUCGCUACUGUAGAUUGGAGAAACGUUUGCUCGAUGCAAACUGAGGUUGGUCUAGGAUACCUGGAACAUCC